AGAUCCGCCCCUGAAGUCGAUCACGCCAACAUUCAUUUUAAAGUCUAUUUUAAGCAAUGAUAAUGCAUGCAAUUAAGCUAGCCUAUGAAGUAUGAAAUAUACUUCAUGUAUAUUAUAUUUCAUGUGAGGAGUUUUUCUUUAAUUUACCUACAAAAGGUAAAUUUCUCUGGGUAAAUCGUAGUGACUCAACGGCUUAUUAGCUGGGAGGGUCGGUGUAUGGAUGGUGUCCACAAUUAUCAGUAAAGCUCCAAUACUUAAAAUUUGUGGGAACAUACACAAAAUAUGGGUGCAUCGUUAUCAUCAUCCUGCAUUCAAAAUAACAAGCACUCAACUGCUGCAAAACUUUACACAGUCCUCAGCAUUGAUGGAGGUGGCAUUAGAGGAAUCAUUCCUGCUACGAUUCUUGAAUUUCUUGAAUCCCAGCUUCAGGAGGUGGAUGGGGAAGAUGCGAGAAUUGCAGACUACUUUGAUGUGAUUGCAGGAACAAGUGUUGGUGGUCUCAUAGCCACCAUGUUAGCUAGUCCCGAUGAACAUAACCGGCCGGCCUUCUCCGCCAAGGAUAUCACACCUAUGCUUUUUGAAUAUGGCCCUUUUAUCUUCCCAUCAGGAAGAGGGAUCCAAGAUAUGCUGAAAGGUCCCAAGUAUGAUGGAGAGUUCCUUCGGCAAAUGAUAAGGAUAAAGCUAGGAGGCAUUCGGCUACAUCAAGCUUUGACUAAUCUUGUCAUUCCAACCUUUGACAUCAAGUCUUUCAAACCAAUUAUUUUCUCUUCCCGUGAGGCUAAUGUGUGUGCUGGUAUGGAUGCUUUGCUAUCGGAUGUGUGCAUUGGGACGUCUGCAGCGCCGACAUAUUUCCCUCCGUACAAAUUUGUGAAUCACGACAUCCUAGGCAAGGAGUACGAGUUCAACCUCGUAGAUGGUGGCGUGGUCGCAAACAAUCCGACCUUGGUUGGCCUAAGUGAAGCAAACAAGGUUGGGAUGGAGAAAAAUCGCAAGUUUCUGUCAAAGAAGCUCAAGGCUAUGGACUAUAGUCAGCUUUUGGUCAUCUCUUUAGGCUCAGGUUCCCGGAAUUUGGAGAACAAAUACAGUGCUGAGGUGGCAGCCAAAUGGAACAUUUUAGAUUGGAUGGUUCAAAUUGACACUGGAAUCCCUACACUAAUUUCAAGCCCUCUCAUCAACUUGGUUUCCUAUGGAAUGGCAGAUAUGGUUGAUUAUCACAUUUCUACAAUCUUUCAGUCUCUUAAUGUUGGGGAGAAUUAUCUCAGAAUUCAGGAUAAUGCCUUAGAAGGGACAAUUGCAGCAAUGGAUAAUGCUUCUUUGGAGAAUAUGAUACACCUUAGAGAAAUCGGUGAAAACUUGCUUAAACAACCAGUUUCAAAAGUGGAUCUCAAUUCCGGAAUAUAUAUGCGAGUUUCAAAGGAUUACACAAACGAGGACAUUUUGAAAAAAUUUGCAAAAAUACUGUCAGAUCAGAAGAAAAACUACCCAAGAAAAGGACCCAAGUAAGAUCACACAAAAACUCUCAAUGAAAUCCAUUCGAUCCGAAAAGGAGAAAACAAUCAAACUAGAGUAUUUUUGUGUUAAAUGUAAUAAUAUUCCAUGCAAGCACAUAACUAGUAGUAUAAUAAGAUUUUUCUUUAAUUAGCUUGGUUGGGGUUAGUGGUUGAGCACUCUUGACCGUUAAAAGAGGUUGGGAGUUCAAACCCCCCUUAAUUGAAUUGCAGGUACCACGUGAUCUAUUUAAAAAAAUUCCAUUUUUGUUUGUUUUAUUCAAUAAUGGAAUUAAUUUUUUUU